AUGAGUGGCACGUGGGAGAUCUCUGACGUAACGCCGUCUGACAAAUCGCUUUUGGAGGUUAGGUACGUCGAGGCGCAAGAGGCGACACAGGGGUCCGGAAAAUCCCAAGAGGCAGAAUGGCUGUCUGGCACGUGGCCGUUGACGCCGUUCGAUGGUACGCUGAUGCCAAACAACCGGAAGUCAGAGUGGAUCCGGUUCCGAGAUCAGUUUAACCGCAUUGUUUCCUGCAAGGCACCGGUGGGACCGUCCACAAAACUGACUGGUUUGAAGAUCUUCGCGGGCGAUUUCCUGCUCAACAUUAUUGAAAUGCAGGAGAAACUGGUUGAUUCGGAGUCAAUUGAUGUUUAUUCGGACACGGUAGAGGCGCUCAACAGGUACUUCAACCAAAUCUGUGAUUCGGCAAAGGAGAGGCUAAAGUUUCGUGAAAUGAAAAUGAGCGAGGGCGAACCGUUCGACGACUGGGUCCUGCGCCUAGAGGCGCAGGCGAAGUACUGUGAUUUCGAGCUGAAACAGAGGAAAGAGGAGUUUUUGCAGGCUCUGACGAGACGCUCCAUCCCGGACAUCGCUGGCAAGCUGUACGAGGCAUCGGACAUGCUGGGGCGCGAUCUGCAAAAGAUCAUUAAUCACGGCAAGCAUCUGGAUGACAUCAGGCGGGAAGCGGCAGAUGCCGCUAAGCAGCUGGACGAGAGAGCUGGCGCAAGCGGAGGCCAACGCCACGAAGAAGAGGGGUUCAAAGCAGUGAACGUGGUGCGUCAAUUCAAGCCGAAGGCGGAACGCGGUCAUUAUUUUUCGGGCGGAUCAACCAAGGGCUUCGCGGUGCCACAGAAGAGGUAUCGCGACUGGCCUCUGAAGCGGGAUGCGUGGGAGAAGAUGUCCGUGGCUAACUGCACAAAGUGCGGUCGGGUGCAUGGGCCAGGACAGUGCGCAGCUUUCCGCGUGAAGUGCUGGAACUGUGGCGUCUGGGGUCACUUUGCCGAGUGUUGCAAGAAUCCCAAAGCCAUGGAGGGGGGUUCGCGCGACCGACGUUACCGACCGGAAUCCGUCAAAGAAGAAGCUGGAAGGAUUAAUCAGUUGCUCGCUCGGAAUCAAGAGUACGAUACCCCGCACGCGGCGAUUGAUCCGCGGUUGGUGAACUGUAUAAUCGCUGAGCUUGAGGAAGGAGGAGAAUCGGAUGAGGAGCAGCUGAGCGGCGGUGAGGGAGCAUCGAAUGUUUCGAAGGGAAACGAUUCCAAGGACGAGCAACCUUUGGCGAAGCGUCGUAACACUAGGGAGAUCAAACGCCCUGAAAGAUAUUUGAAUAAUGUACGUUAGUUAACGAAUCUUUGCGUGGAUUGAUUUGGCAAGAGGCUGAACCAAUAAUAUAAAGUUAAGUAACAGUUUCGUAUUUAUUGAAGGGGAGGAUGUGGCAUUCCAGUUGAGAGUGUA